AUGACUCAACACAUGGGAACGUGGAAGAUGGCCCGAAACCCUUUCCAACAAGCCCCUGAAGAAUAUUAUCCAGAGCCAGAUGAAGAAAUCGAAGAAGCCAUCAAAUCCCGUAUACCUGACGCUUCACGUGAGGAUAUCGGGCGAAUCGCGUCGGCCGUCGAUAGAGUAUACACCCUAUUUCCGAGGGUGCCAAGAGUAGCUUUCAAUCUGCUUGAAAAUUGGUACUCGGCAAACUUCGCCCUCGUUUCAGCCAGGGAUCCUCUCUUGCACUUCGCCUAUCAACAGAUCAAUUUAUGGCUUCAAGAAGUCACCGAAAAGAUGCAAAGUAGGAAACUGCUCGUCUUCGAUCUGCAAGACAUGUUCAUCAGUCUCUACGAGUGCCACAGCAUCAUCUUGAGCAAGAGUCUGUUGCCAGCUCAGCACUUUGCGGGUCUCAUACGACAGCUUUCAAUUUAUCUGUCAGAAUUCUGCUCCCUGCUUGCCAAGCUUGCUCAGGUCGAGCCAUGUGAUAUUCUUCGACUUGGGGAUAUUCUCUUCGAGAAAAUUCAGUCGCACGCCGUUGAUGCUGCGGAGCCUGCAAUCCGUUGUAUUCCGAAGGUUGCGGACUUCGUAACCGAGAGGAUCCUGGGUGCAGGUGCAUUCGGAGUGGUGUACAAGGCACGGUACCUGCCAGCAAACAUGGCCUGCACGCUCAAAAUCGUUCCCGCGGAAAAUUUCGGAGCCGUGGAGCACAUCAUUGCCGAUCGUGUCGUAGCGGCUGUGGUCGACCAUCCUAUGCUUGUGACGUACUUCUGCGUUUUCAGUACUGAAACGGCGACCAUCACCAUGAUGGAAUACCUCAAGGCAGUGGAUGUUCAAAAAGUGGUGGAUGCAAGCCGGAACCUCCGCGUUGAACAAGCUCGUGUGAUUUUCGCACAGCUUACCGCUGCCUUGAUGCAUAUGCACUACAACGGACUCAUGCAUCGUGACAUCAAAGGCAGUAAUGCUCUAAUCUUGCAAGGCGGGAAAGUGAAACUUAUCGACUUCGAUACGAGUAAGGUCUGCGUCGGUCAUUUCGGGACUCGAUACCUACAUUCGUUCUUCAGGCGCACGGCCUGCGAAAUAGAUGACAGCGAAAAGGCCGGCACGUUGCCGUACAUGGCUCCCGAAGUGAUAAGUCAGAAAGCUUAUGGUCGAUCCAUGGAUUGGUGGUCGAUGGGAGUGACGCUAUUCAAGUUGAUGAUCGGCAGAGUGCCCUUCAGAUCACAAGAUGAAGCAGCUCUCAAGAACCAAAUCUGCAACGAUGAAGUCGACUUCCCUAGGUUCAAAGCCCACCGAGCUCAACCGGUGACUGUUGCGAUGGAGCUGAUCCGUGGCCUCCUUCAGAAGAAAGCCAGCGAGCGACUCGGUUCCGCAAGCUAUCAAGAAAUACUCGAUUCCACAUUUUUGGCGCCGAUCGAUUGGUGUUGGCUCGCCACCUCCUCUGAAGUCCUCAAAUUGACCUCGUUCGCUCGACUGAGUGAGCCGAAGACCGGUAAGAGGAAUAGAUCGAAAACUCACUCUGGCGAUAUCAAAUGGUCCCCUGAAGCCUCCGCAGCAACAAAGCAGCGGCAGCACAUCAAACUACAAGAGCUCAGAGAUAAACAAGAGAACCAACAGCCCCUCUUCACGUAUGUCUCGAGCGCGUUCCGGGACACCAUGCGGACUGGGUUACCACCCAGAAGUACAAACUCGACGGCGAUACUGAAAACCAUCCGGAAAUACGCCAUGGCUCGAGUGUUUGACCUGAACAGCACGAAAACCUUGAAUCCACUGCAGGCCGAAAGACUGGAUCUUGCAGUCAUGAAAGCGCGAUCGUCGCGUUUGGGAGCCAAAUUACAGCCAACAUUGAGUGAUGGCGGCCGUAUCUACUAUGUUGUCACACAUAUUAAAGCGAGCGACCCAACAGCCCAAUCAGGUCUCUUGGAAGGUGAUGUCGUGACAGCUAUUAACGGAAUACCAAUCAUUGACGCGACCAAGCAAACGAUAGAAUCGUUGCUCUCGUCUCCGGUGGAUGAAGUUUUCGUGAGCGUCCUGAGCUCAAACAUAGUCCGCGCCAUGAAUACUCGCGUGGACAUGCAUCAAGUUAUCGCCGUGUCAAAGACCAUAGAAGUGACCUACACGAACUCCCCGAUCCAGAGCGACAUUCAAGUGCGACUCGUGAAAUACUACGAUCUGAAAACCAAGACCCACAUGAAGGCCCAUGUUCUGUUCUAUGUACCUUUGGAGCUGGUCUGCGGGAUGUACGUCGGAGAUGUGAUCCUCGGCGUGAACGGCAUGCAGGCGAUGCACAUGACUGCAGAGGAGCUCCAGCAAAGGAUGAGUGAGCCCAACGCCGUACGCACGCUGACUAUAGUUCCUGUAUCUGGCCUCCGUAACGAACGAUUAUUCUUGGAUCGUCUGCUGCGAGCAUAUGACGGCUCGUUCGUGUCGGUAUUGAGGGAGACACCCGACGUCAAAGCGUUCGUGGACCGAAGUGUCGUCGAGGAUGAAGAUACGCGAUCGGAAAUGCGUUCAGACAUGCGCUCAGUUUGA